AUGUCUCGUCUCCUUGAAAAUACUUUCAGCAAUGUGCGCGUAACGAACGAUUGCAGAGGUCUGCGGUAUAAUGAUCUACCAUCGGCGGCUGGUGCCGAGUCGGUAGCCUUCAGGAAUUCGGGAUGUGGCGAAGCGGAGCAGCAGGAGAAGGAGGAGGAUGAGGAGAAGGAGGAGGAGGAGGUGGAGGAAGCAACUGAAAAUGGGGGAGGAAUAGGGAGUGGCUUGGUAGGACAGGAUGAGAUGGAGCAGUCAGGUCCCAGUAAGUGCACUAACUACUUGCACUACCCAUUCUGACCGUUGCACAGCCGUUUCCUAUUACUUAAACCAGCCUUCUUUACUUUGCAAUAGAUAACACCGUGCAGCACCCUAAACCGCAGUUAAGAAAGCUCAAGUUUGUUCCAGAGCUCGAAGGAAUCGAGGAAGUUUCGGAGGAGGAUGAGCAGGAUGAGGAGGAGGAGGACGUCAGCGCCAAUGACAAUAACGGCGUAAAACUGGAAGUGAAGGAGGGGGACCAGCAGCAGCAGCAGCAGCAGCAGCAGCAGCAGCAGCAGCAGCAGCAGCAGCAGCAGCAGCAGCAGCAGCAGCAGCAGCAGCAGCAGCAGCAGCAGCAGCAGCAGCAGCAGCAGCAGCAGCAGCAGCAGCAGCAGCAGCAGCAGCAGCAGCAGCAGCAGCAGAAUGUGCACGCUGCUGGAGACGCGGACUGUCUUGCUGUCGUCUUGGAAGUAAAUAUUGCAAACUGCCACACGUGUGCAGUAGUGGCAGCCAGAGACAGAGAAGUGAUUCAAAUGACAAUGCCCGUACCAUCUGCCGGCAGGCGGCGGCCUCCACGAUGGAGGUCCGUUGACAUGUCGUCGCGUAUGUCUACAACUACAUUACUGUCAUUUUAGUUCUUCAGCCCUUCAUCUCCCUUAUGACAUAUCCCGCUCUCUUUUCCUUCACUCUUCUCCUGUUAGAUGCCUACAUGUUGCUCGACCACCGAGAACGGAAGCCCAUCCGCAGACGAUUGGGUUACAUAUGGCGGAAAUUCGUCUGCUGUGGCAAUUUGCCAGCCAGCGCAUAGAAGAUAUCCCUAUUAUCCUUGUACACAGGUGAUUUUUAUUCUGCUAAUCUCUGAUGCUUGUACAUAUUCCUGAUUGCCAUAUUUGUCCAAUAAAACGUGUUAUUGCAUUCUAUCGGUUCCUUGCUUAAAGCGAAGUGUGGGUGCAUUUUAAAUGUAGGGAUAGGAAAGAAUGUGAGGUCUUGAAUAUCUGGCUGGUCUAUUUCCAAAUGACUUUUUUGUGAAAUGGGCUGCAGUAGCGAAGUACCUAAGAGAAGUCGUUUGAGGUUGUUGAAGUAACGCACUCUCUAUCAUGUGAAAAGCAUUCCGACUGCAUUGCAAUGCACGACGCAGUUCUAAGUGAAUUCUGGUUUUAGUCCUUCGCGACUAGCUGGUGGGUCAUAACCGCAUAAAAUGUCAGGACAAAUACAUCAGGCAUCUCGUGGCCAUUCCACCCUACAGACACCGUGCGUUCUGCUUCAUGUCAUAUAGAUGAGAGAGGACAAUUGGGUGCUGCUAGAAGAUUUUCGGCUAAAUGAUAAUCUUUGAGCAGAGAGCCUGCCAGCCCGACUAAAUUUAUAUUUGCCAGUUGGCUGACGAUGCACAUGUUGCGUGAGAUAUGGUCCUUCUGUUCCAGUGUACCGUUAAAUAGCGGCACGAAAUAAAGGUUUUGGUGAGGAUGUUAAGACAAGUGUUGUUAGGCUCUGCGCAAAGGCGGUUGGCUCAUGCGUAAGAGAGCAUAAUACGCGUGAGCUGCAUGAUGCGUCAUUAGUCUGCGGUCAACUGACCGCCCACUGAAAUUGAGGCUAUAUUCUGUCACACCCUCCUGCGUGGCAACAUUGGCAUAUUUGUGAAGAAGGGGAGACCGAGUACGGGCAUAUAGGUAGUCCUGGCUGUGCUGAUAUAGGGCGCAGCGAGUGUAAAAUUGCAUGGGAUAUUUGUAGCAUAACUAUUCUGAUGCGAUACGAAAUCUGCGGGCGAUUGGGCGAAUCGCUUUGUAUGAUUGGUUGGCAAACCUUUAGAUCUGGAUGGUAGGGGGCGCUCAUCGAUAGUUCAUACGGAUCUCACUUGUUCCGUUGUGCCCUAGAGGCUCUCUCUCUCUCGAGCCCAACCAGCAACCGCUGAGCGGCCCAUGAUAUAGGCAAUUUGGCUUUACCGACAAAGACAAGGGAGUCUGAAAUGGCAAUUGUUGGCUUAGUAGUCGUCAGCAGCCUGUCAUAAUCAACCCCUGAAUGUGGAACACACAAUGAUCCAUCUCGCGACCUGUCAGUUGAAUAUCCAUGCAUCUAACCACUGCGCUUUGAGUUAGAUUUUGUAUAUGACGUGUAUGUCAGGAAAUCAGCGUUGGAAUUAGGCGGCUGUUUAUUUUAUUAGAUGCAUUUGAGUGAGAAACAGCGGUUUGGAAGAAAAAAAGAGCUCCCUUUGUAUUCUAGAUAGCGGAUCACGCAAGGAUAAUUAUGCUGGCGAGGAUAAGGCCGAAGAUGAUUGUCCAUACGGACGAGAGUCAUUCAUGCUCUUAGCCUGGUCAAUCAGCCUUUAUACGUCCGGUUACCAUUUUGUAAUUGACGAAUUUUGGGUGAAAUAAUUUAUAUUUUUUGUAAAUUUUCACAUUAUCCAGUGCAUCUUUUUCUCCUCACACUCCUGGGUUCGUUGUCUCCAGGGGGAACGAGAUAGCAUAGUUUGCCUAGUCAAAUGCUGUGUAUCCAUGCCGUCUGCAGACUGGCCGUGUCCGCAUGCGGAAAAGGGAAGUCCGGAAGAACUAAAGAAGAAACAACUCUCAGCAUCUUCCUUUUUCUCCUCCGCCGAUCUAAUCGUGCCAGUCGGUUGCUCCUCCGAUUGUCUAAGAGGCAACAAACAUUCCAGGCUGCCAGUGUGUGCGAAUUCGCCCUGCAAGUCCCGCGAUUCAUGUGCGUGAUCCUGCGAUGACCAUUUAGUCCGCACGGGAUAUUCGGCAGAUCUUCAUUUAGGGUUUUGUUCAGAAGGAUUUUAUCAAAAAUUUUCCCUCUGAUGUUCAGCAAUCAGAUGCCUCGAUAAUUGUCGCAGAGUUGACGAUUUGCUUUUCGAUUGUAUUUAUGCUUCAUUGUGAUAUCCUUGAUGUCCGCUCUUUCUCUUUAUGUUUCUCUUGUUGGAUGUUGCAGGAAGUGAAAGACAGAGAGAGAGAGAGAUGGUUGUUGUCUAUGGUUUGAUUUUUUUCGACCGUGUGCUUUUUGUCUUCUCCCACUACCAGCCUACGGACAACGUUACUACCUGGAAAUUUUAGGGCACAUUUUCUAGUCAGUUCUCGCUGCGGUGUAGUUAGCGGAGCACGUGCGUUUGAGCGAGUGUCGGUCAAGUGGCCCGUGGGUGAGCGCAGAUGUGUCCGCGCGGAUGUAGUUCAAGUGGCCGCAGCAGGUGGCGUUAUGCCGGAAAAUAUCCGGUUUUUUACCCAUCACAGGCAUACCAUCGGCAUAAUUACAAAACUUAGCAGACAAAAACCCGGCCCUAUGCGCUGGCUAUGUUGUGUCAAAAUUUCAGCGCAAUCGGUGCAGUACUUUCGUGGAUUGGAUAUAACACAGAAAAAAAUCCCUUCCAUUUAUAUAUAUAUAUAUAGAUGAUAUAUAUAUUUAGAUGAUUAAGACCGCCAAAUAUCCACCCAACUAGCAUCCCAUCUGUAUGUUUUUUAGUGCUUCAUUUCAACUACACUCUAUGGUCCUAAUCCAGUGCAAAAUGUCUUCCGAAGACAGACAGCUUGGCGUUUUAAAUCCUUAAAGGCAUGAGCGAAGUCUGGUUGGGUUUAUAAUUGUCAUUGAAUUGAAAACUAUUUUACAACCGAAUUUCCCAAAGCAGAUGAUUGAUAAACAUGUAAGGUACCUACAGAUUCGUACUAAUAUUAGCGGUUUUGUAGAUGUUAACUAUGAAUAUAUUUAAACUAAUGGGCAUUUGAUCUAAGAAGCAUUGUACGUAAACGAUCAAUCUAUAUGUUAUGUGGUCAUUGCCAGCGACCAAAUGAAAUUGUGCUCCAAAACCGGCGUGAAUGACAUAGCUGAAAUGAUGUUGAUGGAUGACCAGAAUUGCAUGAUAUUCGACUGUAUUCGGAACCUUACAUGGAAGUUUAGCUUACUGUCAUAAGAUUCUCCAACCAAUGCAUGCAUUUACUCAACUGACAACCCACAGAGGUGCUGAGCAUAUCCACAGAAUCUCCGUCAAUUGCUGCGAACGAAUUACUCUUGGCCGGCUCUUCUGGAAUGGGAAAGUUCAUCUGACUACCCCACAGCAGCAGCUCAAUAUCUUCAACUGUGCACCGAAUAGGCAGUAAGGAAGGCCGGCGGAAAGUACACUGAAACCUGGGUAUGAAUGAUUCCCAAGGCUCGACUUCCCCCUUUUUUCGUGAACUUCAAUAGUAUGCCGCAAGGUGACAGGCGAGCAACGUAUGACACUUGUUUACAUACUAGGCACUUAAUACGAUGCACCUGAAUUUUACCACUUAUAUUCCAUAGAAGAUGCAAGUGCUGUUAACUAAUCUGACUGUGUUGGUCAGCUUAAUACCAAUUGAUGCACGAAAUUAUCCUCAACAUAUACUGGUGGCAUUGUGUGCUCAGAUGUCACGAUUGUUUCCCGCCCUAUUGAUGCGACAUUUCAACAGCACUGGCAAACCAUGACUCAUGAACAUAUAAAGGCCUUGCACGUGCUCGACUCUUCGUGUCAAAUUCUAUGCUCUGGGCAUUUUUGGAAACGAAAUUUAAAAAGUCACGCAUCUCUGGGUGACAAAUGAACUCGAAGUGUUUCUUGUCAACUACACUGUAUGGUCUUAAUCCAUAAAGACAUGUGCGACGUUAGUUUGGGUUCAUAAUUGUCAUUGAAUUGAAAACCAUUUUAAAGCCAAAUUUCCCAAAGCAAAUCUAUCUAUAUAUAUAAGGAUUUUUUUUCUGUGUUAUAUCUAAUCUUCGAAAGUACCGCACCGAUUUAAAUGAAAUUUGGACACCACCCGACCCGCGCAUAGGGCCGGGUUUUUGGCUGUUCAGAUGUGUAAUUAUGCCGAUGGUAUGCCUGUGAUGGGUAAAAAACUAGACUUUUUCCGGCCUAACAACGCCACCAGCUGCGGCCACUUGACCUACAUCCGCGCGGACACAUGUGCGCCCAGACGGCGGCCACUUGACCGACAUUCGCUCAAACGCACGUGCUCCACCCGACGGCCGCGCUCACCCACCACCCACCCUGCAGGCACUUGACCAGGCCCUCCACCCCCUCUGAGCCGAUGCAAUAUGGGUCGCCAGAGCAAACCACCAACCCUGCAGCAGAAAAACACGCAACACUUGGACGCCACUUAAAAUUGUCCCACAGCCCACAUAAUAGGACCGUCACGGCUUACUCGGGGAUUCUUGGGGGGUGAGGACUGGAUGCAAUUAACACCAGACCCUCCCCCUCCCCCCGGACAACCCACAUAAUGGGGCUGUCAACCCAAUGUCAGCUCAGUAUUGUCCAGCUCGGCUUGCGGAAGCCCGGUUGCGGUACGGCUACCGCGUUCUGCGGCUUCAGGUCUGCUGCGUUCACAACAGAAUGAACACAGCCAGCUGGGAGUGGCCGAAUGGCGCCAGCGAGGAACAGCAGACCAGCGUCCAACACGACUCCGUGCUCAGCAUUCACGCUGCGCUCUGAAGAACACAUUCAUUCGCGUGACGCUGUUGUAAACGACGGUACGGUAAAACCCGUUGGAAGACUAACGAUUUUGCCAUCCAACACAUACCGGCAGUCGGAGACCGAUUUCGACGCAGUAUCCAUUUACUUUUCGGGAUGGUGCCGAUGGAUAACACUUCAAUGUUAAGAUGAUAAAUCCAAUGACGAGGAGACGCACAUGAAAUGCAGCGCAAUAAACUACUACUCCUGGCGAUUUAUAAUUCGACAGAAUGUAAUGCUGUCAAUUGCUUCAUCACUACAUUGUGGAUACGUAUGCAAAAAAUCGAAACAGGACGCCUGCUUUUCAUUCGCUUGAAUCAGAUCAAGCUGCGCUCUGAAGGAUACACUCCUUUGCAUGAUGCAAUUGUAAACGACGGUAAUACAGUUAACGUUGUAAGACUAACGUUUUUGUCAUUCACAUACACAGACAGUCCACACCGUACGCUCGGGUACGCUCGAGGUGAAAUUCCUUACGUUUGUCAGUACGGGCGUCCAGACCUACUCAUUACAUUCACAUGUAAUCCAGCUUGGGGGGAUAUUUAUCCGCUCUUACUUCCUGGGCUAUCGCCGGUGAAUAGGUAUGACGACAUCACAGCACAUGUUUUUAGGAAGAAACUGCAUUCGCUGAUGAACUUCAUGGUGAAACACGAUGUGGUUUGGUCUGCGGGCUGCUGGAUGUAUUAUGGGGAAUGGCAAAAGAGUGGACUGCCCCACGAACGCGUCUGGAUCUGACUCUAUAACAAGAUCACCUCCAACGAAAUCGCCGAUGAAAUGUGCGCUGAAUCAUCUGACGCCGACGUCGACAAUGAUUUGCACGCCGUCGCGGCGAUGAAAACGAUCAGGAAAAGACGUCGGCAAAUUGACAACCGUACGAAUGCGAAUCGGUGACGUACAAGUCGGUAACCGCCGGGUUGUUUCGUAUUCGCCUUUGCUGUUAAAAGCAAACGAAGCUCACAUAAACGUGGAAAACCGCAAUUCCGGGAAAUGAAUUAGGUACAUUUGUAAGUACGUGAAUAAAGGCAGUGUCAUGGCCGUUUUCGGUCUGCAACAGGAAAGGAGGGGGAGGGAUGUGGACAUACAAGUCGAUGAAAUCGCGCAGUACUGUUAGAGAAUGAGCAAUGCGUUUACUUUACAGCUGCAAAUGUGUAACAGGUUGCCUUAGAUCUACCAGCAACAACAUUAACUGCGUUCUUCACGUUAAGCCAAAAUGGCGCGUUUGCAAAAACACUGCUGCAUUCGGAAGUGCCUAAGUAUUACACAGGGAAUGCGUGUAGACGGCAUCUUCCGUCGAAUACGCAGGGACAAAUCAAAUCAUGAUUUCACAGUAGAAAAUCUACAACGAGGUGUUAAUAAUGAUUGAGGAUGUGUACAUAGAAAUCACGAACAGAGUUCUCAAUCAAAUGGGAAAGCCAUCACCGAAAACGAUCUGCUCCUACUUCGUUAGACGUGGAUUUGCGGCGUGAGCAAACCUACAACAGGGUUGAUCUUCUGUCUUAUCUGCAAUCAAGCAUUUCUAAGCUAACACUGGAACAGGAUGGUUUUUACGAUUAAACAAUGCGGUCUGCCAAUAGCGGGGUUGGAGAAAUCUUUUUGGAUGCGCCAGAAAGGGACUGGUAAAAACGUUCCUACUGCUACUGAUUCUGGCAGCACUUCGGUCUAAAAUUGACAUAGCCUUAGUUCUUCUGUCGUCCGGAAUAGCUGCGAACUUGCUUCCCCUUUGAAGAACUGCUCAUUCAGCUUUACAAUUGCCGUUGAACGUGCAAUUCAUUGGAACUUCACGUGCGACAUUUCCAAGACAUCCGGCAUGGGAAAACUACUGCAGAAAUGCAAACUUAUUGUUUGGGAUGAAUGCACAUUGGCACACAAAAAUGCUGGAGGUCCUUGACCGAUUAUUGCAAGAUUUGCAUGGAAACAGAAGACCAUUUGGAGACGCAUUGCUACUGUUUGCAGGAGACUUGGGCAAACACUGCCUGUAGUUCCUCGAUCGACACUAACCGACGAAAUAUAUGCCUGCCGGAAAUACUCUACGUUGUGGCGCCGCCUCCAGACGUUAAAAUUAACUACGUAUAUGCGUGUCCAGCUGCAAUACGACUGAACAGCUGAGAUAUUCUCAAACCCAUUGCCGGCAAAUGGGAACGGAUCGGUGCCAGUUGAUCCGAGUACAGGACGCAUUUCACUACCUCCUACCUUCGGAAAUUUAGUAUCGUCAGAAGAAGACUUGGUUGAAAAGGGCUUUUCCAAUAUCCAACCCAAUUAUGUGAAUCAUAUUGCCUGAGCGAACGAGCUAUUCUUGCGGCCAAGAACCAAGAAGUCUGCCUACUUAACCAUACUAUUCAGUCUAAGGUACAAAGCGGGACAGUUCCCAUGCACGUCUGUCGACACUGUUGUGGAACCAGGCGAGGUAGUUAAUUGUCACACAGAAAUUUUGAAUUCGCUUAAUCUGCCAGGGACGAUGGCGCGGUUACUGUGAUUGAAAAGCGGUGUGCCGGUUAUAAUGCUGCGAGAAAUCAACCAGCCGAAGCUUGCCAACGGCACGUGGCUUGCAGUAAACCCAUUAGUGAACAACGUACGGGAAUCCAAUAUCUCCACAGGACCUUUUAAAGGAGGGCAUAUCCUUAUUCCUCGCAUUCCACUGAUUCCAUCUGACAUGCCAUUUCGAUUUAGGAUACUGCAUUUCUCCAUUCGACUGGCGUUUGCAUUCACGAUCAGCAAAGCUCAGGGCCAGUUCUUAGAAUUGUGCGAUUUUGGAUCGGCAAACGGAUUGCUUCUCACAUAACCAAUUGUAUGUAUUAGGUGGAAUGACAAAAGAGGGGACUGCCCCAUGCACAUGUCCUGAUCUGGCUCUAUAACAAGAUCGCUUCCAACGAAAUCGACGACGCAGUAUGCACCCAAUUACCUGAUAUCGACGUCGACAAUGAUUCUCAUGAAGUUGUGGCGAAGAAUAUGAUAUAUGGACCUUGGAUGCACUGAAUCCCAAUUCUUCAACGUCCCCCGCUCCCCCGGCAAGAUAGACGGAAGUCCCUUAUACCGAAAAUGAUCAGCGGAAGACAUCGGCAAAGUGGCAACCGUACGAAUGCGAAUCGGUGACUUAGAAGUCGGUAACCGCUGGGCGGGUUCGUAUUCGCCUUUGCUUUUAAAAGUAAAACGCAGCUCACAUAAACGUGGAAAACUGCCAUUCCGGGAAAUGAAUUAGGUACAUUUGUAGGUACGUGAAUAAAGGCAGCCGUCACCACUUUUUUCAGAAUUCUCCAUCGCGACUGGGUGCAGCAAACAAUUGCCCUGCCUUCGACAGCGGCUAGAAGGACAAUCCUGGGUUUCGCACACAAUACGUACCGCCAACCGGUGGCCCUUACAUUCUUCUUAAUUGUGAACGUGCUCCUUCCUCAUUCCCUUAUUUCCCAAUUCAUCAGAUUGAGCCACAGCAAAGCGUGGCGGGGUCCGGCUAGUAUAUAUAUAUAAUGGAAGGGUUUUUUUCUGUGUUAUAUCUAAUCUCCGAAAGUACUGCACCGAUUUCGCUGAAAUUUGGAUACAACCCGACCCGCGCAUAGGACUGGGUUUUUGUCUGUUCAAUAUUGUAAUUAUGCCGAUGGUACUCCUGUGAUGAGUAAAAAACGGGAUUUUUUCCAGCAUACCAACGCCACCUGUUGCGGCCACUUGACUUACAUCCGCGCGGACACAUGUGCGCCCAGACUGUGGCCACUUGGCCGACAUUCGCUCAAACGCACGUGCUCGGCCCGACGGCCGCGCCCACCCAGCAGGCACUUGAGCAGGCCCUCCACCCACUCUGGGCUGAUGCAAUCUGGGCCGGUAGGCAAACCACCCACCCUGCAGCAAAAAACACGCAACUCUUGGGCUCCACUUGAACUUGCCCCACACUACCCACAUAAUUGGGCUGCCGCCGCUUCCGCUGGGAUUCUCGGGCGCGAAGACUGGAUGCGGUUAACAAAACCGCCUUCCCCCCUCCCCACGCACAACCCACAUAAGGGGCCUGUCACCCAGUGUCAGCCCAGGGUCGUGCAGUCCGGCUUGCGGAAGCCCGCUUGCGGUCACGGCCACCGCGUUCGGCAGCUCCAGGUCUGCUCCGUUCAUAACAGGAUGAACACAACAAACUGAGAGUGGCUGAAUGGCGCUAGCAAGGAACAGCAGACCAGCGUCAAACACGACUCGGUGAUCAGCGUUCACGCUGCGUGAUGCUGUUGUGAAUGACGGUACGCCAGCAAGCGUUAGAAGACCAACGAUUUUAGGGUAAGGUGAUACCAUAUAUAUCGGCAGUUCGAGACCGAUUUCAACGCAGUAUCUAUUUAGUUUACGGGAUGGUGCCGAUGGGUAUCACUUCAACGUUAAGAUGAUAAACCCAGUCAGUUACGAGGAAACGCACAUGAAAUACAACGCAAUGAACCGCUACUCCUACCGACUUAUGAUUCGAAAGAAUGUAAGUAAUUCCCUUUUGAAAUGCCGUCAAUUGCUUCAGCACUACAUUGUUGAUAUGUAUGCAAAAGUCGAAACUGAACGCCUGCUUUUCCUUCGCUUGAUGCAGACCAAGCUGCGCUCUGAAAAAUGUAUUCAUCUGCAUGAUACAGUUGUAAACGACUGUAAUACGACUAACGAUUUUGUCGUCCACAUACACAGACAGUCCACGCCAUAUGCUCGGGUACGCUGGAGGUGCAAUUGCUUAUGUUUGUCAGUACGGGGCGUCCAAACCUACUCAUUACAUUCACAUGCUAUCCAGCUUAGGGGGGAUAUUUAUCAGCUCUCACUUUUUGGGUUAUCGUCGGUGAAUGGAUGUGACAUGACAGCACGUGUUUUUAGGAAGACACUGAAAUCGCUGAUUAAAUUCAUGGUGAAACACGAGGUGUUUGGGUCUGUGCGCUGCCGGAUGUAUUAGGGGGAAUAGCAAAAGAGUGGACUGCCCGAGGAACACGUCUGGAUCUGACUCUAUAACAAGAUCGCCUCCAACGAAAUCGCCGAUGCAAUGUGCGCUGAAUAACCUGACGCUGGCGUCGACACUAAUUUGCCCGCAGUCGCGGCGAAGAAUAUGAUAAAUGGAAUUUACGGUGCCCUGAGUUCCAAUUCUCCCUCCCCCCACUCCUCACCCCCCAGUAUGAUAGACGGAAAACGCUCUAAGAGCUAUCCUCAGGCAUUCGUAUGCAUCACAGUUACCGGUAAAGACAGAAGUUCCUUAUACCGAAAACGAUCAGCGGAAGACUUCGACAACUUGGCACCGUACGAAUGCGAAUCGGUAACUUCACUGAGAAUCACUCCCAUCCCUAAAAAGCCUGCUAACUUUGGUCCUAAAUCUUUUCGCCUGAUUGCCUGCUCCUCUGCAAUACUAAAGCUUGCUGAAAGAGUUGCCCUAGAUAUCAUAAAGCCUUCUUCUUCCAGUUUUUCCGAACCCUUACAAUUUGCAUACAAAGCUAAACGGAGUACUUUAGAUGCUGUCGCUCUUGUGGUCCACUCUGCUCUAAAACCAUUAGACAAGGGUUGCCGCGAGUAUGCGUGCGCUUUUCUUGAUUACUCCUCCGCCUUCAAUAUCGUCCCGCGCCCUCUUCUCCUUUCCAAAACCUCCGCAGUUGGCUUUCCAGGCUGGGUCGUCUCUUGGCUGAGCGAUUAUUUUACCUUCCGCACCCAAUUUGUCCAAUCUGGCAAGCGGAAAUCUUCGACCCUCCCCAAUGACUGCGGUGUUCUUCAAGGUUCCAUUCUAUCCCCUCACCUUUUCUCCCUCCAUACUGAUGAUCUCAGGUACCCUUAUGACUGUCUUCUGGUCAAGUAUGCUGACGAUGUGGUUGUUGGACACCCUCUCAAAAGUCAGACACACCUCCGGUCUCUAAAAGAUGGCCUAAACCAUGUCCUAGCGUGGUCGGAGGAAAGUGGUCUCCUAAUUAACAACCAAAAAUCCGUUCCGUGUAUUUUUCGACUGCGGCUCUCUCCUACCCCUGAUUCCUUUGACAUUCUUCCUAACGAAGUAUCCUCUUUCAGGUAUCUCGGCGUUACUUUGUCCUCAAAUCUUUCUUUUUCCCUCCAUAUUGAGUCCCUAUUUAUUAAAGUUCUUAAACUUCUUUACUACAUACGUCGUUUACUUUCCUACCACACACCUCAACCCUUAGUCUGGCGAUUCAUUGAUGCCUGCAUUCUUCCUCUUAUCCUAUACUGUUCUCCUGUCAUUUUUCCUGCUUUGUUAAGAAAGGAUCUUUUAAUUUUGAAACGAAUCCUCCGCAUGCUCUCUUCUGCUGCUGGCGUUUAUUAAAUUUUUUUAGUUGACACUAUCUUACAACGACACUUCAAUGCGGUCAAGCAAUUUGCUGGUCGAAUUCUAGAUGACGUUGCCCAUCCCCUACAUUCCGAUCUUAUGUCUGCCAAGUCUUCCGGCCCGAUGCGCCGCAACUUCCGUCUUAUAUCCUGUCGCACAUCGGCUUAUCAAGCUUCUGUAUUGCCAUUCCUAGCGCGCUAUUUUACGUGCGAAGAGACAGAAAUACAGAAGCUAAGACUUGAACUAUCCCCAUAAUAAUCGUUUCCUUGUGUUAAACUUUGACUCUUGAAUAAUCUAUUAACUUAUUUGCUGUCCAUAGUGAAUGGAGCCAACUUUUUGCUGAAAAAUUUGAACAUAUGAUUUCAAAAUAAAGCAAAUUUCUCUCUCUCUCUCUCUCUCUCUCUCUCUCUCUCUCUCACCGAGGUAUUCUCACAGUAAUUGCUGGCAAUCGCGAAUGCAACGGUGCACGCUGAUCCGACUGAGGUAUUCUCACAGUAAUUACCAGAAAUUGGGUAUGCAACGGUGCACGCCGAUCCGACUACAAGAAUGAUUUCUUUACGUCGUAGCCUCGGAAAUUUAGUGCCCUCAAAAGAGGAAUUGGUUGAGACGGUGUCUACCACAAUUCAUACCACUUUCAACAAUCCCGGCUGAUUGAGCGAACGAGCGCUUCUUGAGGCCAAAAACAAACACAUGUACCAUCUGAGCCACAUUAUUCAGUCCAAGAUUCAAAGCGAGACAGUCACAUACUCGUCCGUCGGCACUGUUGUGGAAGCAGACGAGGGAGGUUAAUUAUCGAACAGAGCUUUUGAAUUAAUCUGCGCAACAGCAACGCGUGGCGGGGUCCGGCUAGUACUUGAUAAACAUGUAAGGUACCUACAGAUCUAAAUAUAUAAAAAUGAAAGGUUUUUUUCUGUGUUAUGCGUAAUUUCCGAAAGUACUGCACCAAUUGCGCUGAAAUUUGAACAAAACACGACCAGCGCAUAGGGUCGGGUUUUUGUCUAUUCAAUUUUGUAAUUAUGCCGAUGGUAUGCCUGUGAUGAGUAGAAAACCAGAUUUUUUCCGGCCUAACAACGCCACCUGCUGCGGCCACUUGACCUGCAUCCAAGCGGACACAUGUGCGCCCAGACUGUGGCCUCGUGACCGAAAUUCGUUCAAACGCACGUGCUCGGCCCGACGGCCGCGCCCACCCUGCAGGCAGUUGAACAGGCCCUCCACCCCCUCUGGGCCGAUGCAAUCUGGGCCGGUAGGCAAACCACCCACCCUGCAGCAAAAAAGCAUGCGACUUGGGCUCCACUUGAACUUGCCCCACACUACCCGCAUAACCGGGCUGUCACCGCUUCUGCUAGGAUUCUCGAGGGGUGAGGACUGGAUAUGGUUAACAAAGCCCCCUUCCCCCCCCCUCGCAAAACCCACAUAAGGGGCCUGUCAACCAGUGUCAGCCCAGUGUCAUGCAGCCGGCCUUGAGGAAACCCGUUUGUAAACGACGGUACUACGAAAAACGUUGGAAGACUAACGAUUCUGCCAUCCACGUAUACCGGUGGUCGGAGACCGAUUUCAAAGCAGUAUCCAUUUACUUUUCGAGCUGGUGCCGAUGGAUAUCACUUCAACGUUAAGACGAUAAAUCCAGUCAGUGACGGGUAAACACACAUGAAAUGCAGCGUAAUAGACUACUACACCUACCGACCUAUUAUUAGAAUGUAAGUAAUCCCCUUUUGAGAUUACCGUCAAUUGCUUCAUAACUUCAUUGUGGAUAUCUCUGCAAAAAAUCGAAACAGGAGGCCUGCUUUUCGUUCGCUUGAAUCAGACCAAGCUGCGCUCUGGAGAAUAUAUUCCUAUGCAUGAUGCAGUUGUAAACGACGGUAAUGCAACUAAUUUUGCAAGACUACUGAUUUUUGUCAUUUACAUACACAGACAGUUCACGCCAUAUGCUGGGGUACGCUCCAGGUGCAAUUGCUUAUCUUUGUCAGUACGGGUGUCCAGACCUACUUAUUACAUUCACAUGCUACCCAGCUUGAGGUGAUAUUUAUCAGCUCUCACCUCCUGGGCUACCGACGGUGAAUAGGUAUGACAUGACAGCACGUGUUUUCAGGUAGAAACCGAAAUCGGUGACGAACUUAAUGGUGAAACACGAGAUGUUAGGGUCUGAGCGCUGCCGGAUGUAUUAGAGGGAAUGGCAAAAGAGGGGACUAUCCCACGAAUACGUCAGUAUCUGGCUCUAUAACAAAAUCACCUACAACGAAAUCGCCGAUGCAAUAUGCGCUGAAUUGCCUGACGCCGUUGUCGACAAUAGCUGGUUCUGGCAGCAACUCGAUCACAGAAAUGACACAGCAUUAUCUCUUGUAUCCGUUCGAAUAGAUGUGACCUUGCUACCUCCCGGCAGGACGGCUCAUUCCGCUGCGAAAUAGCCGUUGAAAGUGCCAUUCGUUGAAACUCCUACGUCUUACAUGUCUGAUGCACCCAGUAUGGGAAAAUUACUGCAGAAAUGCAAACUUAUUGUUAAGGAUGAAUGAACAAUGGCGCACAAAAAAGCGUUCGAGGCCCUUGAUCGAAGACUGCAGGAUUUGUGAGGAAACAGCAGACCAUUUCGAGAUGAACUGGAACUGUUUGACGGAGACUUUAGGCAAACACUGCCUGUAAUCCCUCGAUCGACACCAGUGGGCGAAAUAAAUGUCCGCCGUAACGACAUCAGAAUUCUCGAGCGCGACUGAGUGUAACAAAAAACUGUCCUGUCUUUGGCAGCGGCUAGAAGGACAACCCUGGGUUUCACACACAAUACAUACCGCCAACCGGUGGCCCUUACAUUUUUCUCUGUUGGGAACAUGUAGCGUCUUAACCAUAGUAUUCAGUCUAAGCUUAAAAGCGAGGCAGUCCCAAAUACGUCCGUCGACACUGUUGGGGAAGCAGACGAGGCAGGUUAAUUAUCCAACAGAAAUUUUGAAUUUACCAGAGCCACAGCUACGCGUGGCCGGGCCCGGCUAGUACUAUGAUAGAACUGAAGUGAUUCCGCACAUCAUGACGCCAUAAACGCCGUGGUUCGGGGAGCUGCCAAACAGCUGAAUAGAACAGUCCUUUACAGGAAUGAAAACAAGGAAAAAGUUUUACCUUCUAAGCUUGGUCUUUAUGGCAUUCUGGCGUAAGUAACGUUUAAUAUCAUCCUCCAUGUUUGUUGGGUACACUCUCCCUUCUCAGUCCCAGUCCACGUGACUCGGACAAAUCCUUGUUUCGCAGGGCCAUCAUGGUCAGUCUGGUGUCAUUUUCCAAGGCCUCUCUGCCUCAAGGUCAUUCACCCUUGGCAGCCGUACGUUUCAAAGCACUGAACUGAAGCCACUCGAUUUUAACUCGAUUUUAACUCGCAUAUGGCCGCGCCCACGCAAUUGCAGCUACCCAUGCGGUCACUUGAAAGCGCCACACACCUGCAACCAGCAACGUAAGCCACUGAGUCAUCACCCCUUGGCAAAUGCAACACACACCGACUUGAGAACACUAGAACUUGGCCCAGGAGCCUACGAAAGCGGCUGCCACCUCUCUCUCUCUCUCUCAGGCAUAUUUGGACACAGUCAACACCGGCCAAUGGCAAAGCCAGUGACCACUGCGUCCGGGAUGACAACCGUGGGUUCUGCACUAAAAUCUUCUUUCAUUUUGGUCCUCUCCUUACACUUUGAGAUUCGAUUUGAUCAUUGUAGCGCCCUGAGCAUGCGCCCUCACCUUCUUAGCCGCUGCAAAUCGGUUAUAUGAUGCAAGGGCAUCCGGGUCCCGACUGACACUUGGUCCUUCAUAUCACAGCUUUACUGUUGUUCGUUUAACAUUUCAUGAUAAGGCUUUGUGCGAGCGCGGCAGGCAUGAAAACUGUCACAAAUGACCACCACCGAAUAGUCAUUCUCAGUUUUGAACAUAUGAAACAUUGCUUGUCGUGCGAUCUAGCUUCUAUACCUAGUUCAUAAAUAGAACGAGCUUAUCCACUUCAGUACAAGAACGUGGACCACCCUUCACCUUGUCAGUCUCAGAGCCUCCAGCCAGAGAAAUUACUUUUUAAACGAUAUAUCCCUGCAGAAAUUGUCAGUCAUAAAGACGUUGAUGUGCUAUUUGCAUCUUCAUUGAAACCAAAAUUGCACUGCAGGAAGGCGGCCGUGUUUGCUAUACAAGUAUUGCACCUGAUCAGAUGACGCCUUUAUGAGAUUUGGCAAAGGCGGCUUUUCCAAAAUAUAAAGAACUUCAUCCAGGCACGGAGAUCCUCUGCCGUCAAGUGAAGCUCCAGAGGAGGGCGAGGAAAAUCGAUCCAAGAAUUGCUGGACGCGCAUUUUUCUUUAGUGGCAGAGUGAUUGUGGCGUGAAACGUCCCUGUGUGGAUUCAUUUAAGUGCAAACUCGGCACACAUCAUGCCCCUCAGUUACCGGCCACGCAGACACCCACAUGUCCGGUCUUCAAAUCACGAAUGACAGUACUACUUACAUUUUGUGAGUAGGUGUUAUGUUAAGUAUAUUUCUAGGAACAUAAAGCUAUCCAUUGCCCGCAUGCAACUAUGUAAACAAUCGCUGUCUCAAAUUUCUCUCCUGAGCGAUCCUUUUUCUCAGACAGUUCGAAACCGGCAGUGAUGUCAAAGGACUUCGUAUAUGUUUUUCAUUAUAAAAGUAAGCUGAACUCAACACUCAUUCCAAUCACUCAUUUACCAUACCACAUUAUCAUAUUGUUUUUGAGCCAAUUUACUUAGCAGGUUAGUUGUUAAUUGCAGCAAAUGCAUUGCGUCACUACUAUCGCCGCAUAAAGCGAAUUAACCACUUAGUGCCCUUUGCUAUGCAUAAUCUGACUCUUCAAUAAAUGACGAAAAAAAACCGCGUUUUUGAAAUUUCAACGGCUCUGUACCAUGAUAUAGAAGAGCUAACGGCAGGAGCGUUGGUUAAGAAAAAAAGGCCUGAUGGAGGUUAUUUAUACAUAAGCCGAAUGAUAUUUUUCUUGACAACGUUUUUAAAAACACACCUUUGGUACUAACAAAUUUAUCGGAGAACACGAGUCAUAUUGUAUGCAAAUUGUUCUACACAAUCGAAACCAAUAAAACAGUGAUGCCAUUUUUAUGUUGAAAAAAAUACAAACUCAAAAUCUUAACAGCCUUUUUUGAGUAAACAGAAGUAAAACCUCAAACUCAUAAUCGCCAUUCUAAAAAAUCCAUCCUUAAAUAUAUUGGCCCUAGUGAGUUUUUCAUCCCGGUAUGCGCACUUCGUGCUUAUAAAAGAUGAUUAAUAGUUGGCUGCUUGAACCAAGAGAUCAAGUGGAUUUACAGGACUGAUCCGAUCUAAGUAAAGUUUCUUCACAAAUAAGAGUCUGUUUAUAGAUUUUAUUUGGCCAUUCAGUUUAAUUUGGCAAAAUCGUUCUUUAUAAGCGCGGAUGUUCGUAACUUCUGUCAAAUGGGAAAUAACCAGCCUGUGUUUGAAUAGAUCAUAUGUUUUUUCGCUUUAAGGAUACCACCUGUUAUCUGAAUAACUUCACAGAGAAGAUUCGACGAUUCGAGACUAGUUGAGUAACUGUUUUCUUGCAAAUAACACUACCGCACGAUCGAAAAACCCACCAAAUUGACUGCUGCAACUAAAACUUUGUGCAUGAAAGUCCCAUUUAUAAGUGCAUGCCGCGAGUGAACUCUUUAGAAGAUGUCAUAUACAUGCUGUUCCACGAAUCUUUACAGUAGCAAGAGUUCAAAAAAUGUCCUCUGUUAUUACUGUUUUACGCGAAGAAGGCAAGGAUAGAUUGCCCUUUUCAAACCAGCUCAGUGGUGCAGUAGCUCGUUAAUUUGCUCCUGUAAAGCAAGAUAUAUUGAUCUCAUAAAUCGGCACAAACCCAAAAGAAUACAAGAGCCCCUCCUGCAAUGGCCGGGAAAAGGUGAAGUCAGGAGAAAAUACAGCGCAAUGCUCGCACAGAAUGUCGAUUCUAUGCAUCUUGUGGACCCCUGCAAUAUCUUUCGCUUGAUUUACACGGGCUUAUCGAACCACCCUUAUCUGCUGGUUCAGUGUCUUUUAGCACAAACAAAAGCGGCCGCUAUUAUGUAGAGAAAGUCAAUCAUGUACGCGCAAGAGAACGUCGUUCAGGCUCUGAGACAUCACAAAGCAUCGCGGUUCGUUUCGAUACAUGGCAAUACUAUUUGGAGUAAAUUCUGCUCCCGGUUCAUUUCAAUGCUUGACUGAUAGCCUCGUGAAGGACGUAUCUCAGCUUAACGCACAUAUCCUGACGAUAAAUAAGUAGCCAACUCAUCAGGACCCAUUAGCUGAAAACUCUCAACGUCGUGUUAGCACGUUUAAAAGGCGCAGUUUUAAAACUCCAGAAAGAUUACAGCACCCUCCUUGCCGACUCGUUGGCACCUUUGGUCUUCAAGGUGGAUAAAACUGACAUAUAUUCACUCGAAAAUGAUCUCAGGGCCGUGAAAGCGGCGUCGAGCCCCAAUGAUGUUAGCCAAUUGUUUUCAUUCUUUGAGUUAGUUACCCCCUUUAUUCGCUACGAUUCUAAGGCCUCUUUGUCGAUUACUUGGAAUGAGUCGUUGCUAAAACUGAUCAUUGAUCGAAAAAGUGCUUUUGAACAGGCAAAGGCGGUCUUACCUCCUUAGCCAUCCGAACUCAUUAUGACACAGAACUGGCUUCCAACUUUCUGAGCCGUCAACCAGCAGCUUGUGGAUCAUUUGACUGAUCAAUGUUGACACCAACUUUAAAAGGGAAAUCAAGCAUAAAUUUCCAUUUGGCGUGGUUAGGUAUACAUAACAAAAUUCACGUAGGUCUACACAGAGUGUUUCUUGCACAAUUUAUAGAAAUUUCGGACAGUUUGAUUUUAAUAUGACUAUAGUUUUUAUUAAAAUUAUUUCUAUGAAUCCAGAUUGUGGGCGAAUGAUCGGAGGAUGCAGAAACAUGGGAGUCAUCGAAAUCUAGUCAUCAUCAAUUAUUCUCAUACUUAAAGCUUUUUUCAACAUUCAGUGGUGCAUUCGUCAAUUAUAUGGCUUGCAAACAAGAAAUUGGACGCGAGGUGGCAACGCGCACGUGUUGCGACCAAGAACGCUUUUUACAGGUCCUCCAACUUUUAAAAUUACUGUCAUUUAAGUGCGUGCUGUCAUUCGCAUGAAACAAAUGUAAAAACUCUGCAGAGAUCUUUUUUAAAAUACAAUGGAUGGCUCCUAUCCAAAGAAUGGAUUGUCAUUGACAAGAUGGUGAUGGUCGCUUCUAGGAUUACGCUCCCCAAGUGCGGCUGUAUACCCACAUACUACUCAUCUCUUUUGCACCAGAAACCGUCCUGCUCCAGUUCUAACGGUUAGUGUCUGUGUCAUGUAGGCUCGCAGGACCUGAGAGUAGACACCCCACGCAUUACAGGUGGCAUCGCGCCAAAUUCCAGACAUCUGUGGCUACAGUCGGGGUUAGGAUUAGCACAGGGAUUGGGUGCCAAAACUGAACGCAAGCCGACCUGUAAGAGUGGCGGGGCGGUUGCGAAUUCUUCAGUUCAAGGCCACAGGGCUCAAUGUCUUUACCGUCUUCCGUCUUCAGAACAACUAAGCAACACUUUCUUUCUGAGAAGAAACUGCCUAAUGGCCAUUACGCAAAUAUAUGGAGUCCGGAAAGGCAGAUCUUCGACUGUCUCUGAUAAUGAGUGUGAGACAGAAUCCGAAACGUCCGGCCAAUAAAAUUCCUGCUCCAACGACCGCAUCCCCCUCCCCCGAUAAUGCAUUUGUUUCAUGUGUGCCUAUGCUAGUUUCAUGGAUACUUAUGCCACUUGUUGAAUCCAGUUGGUCGACGCUUAGAAUUCGCCACUUCCUCCUCGCAAGGGCUUCCACAUCUGACCCCUGCUGACAUUCGCCUUCCAUCUUUUGGUAACCCUCUUUCAAGCGUGAUCUGCGUUCUUUUAAUUAACUAGUUUUUUGUAUUUUGACCUUGAACUGGGAAUUCGAUUUUCUCGAACAGUAUCAGAGUAAUUCAUUGUCUAAGGUAUCCAUUGUUGAGGUUUGUACUUUCCUUAUCAUUACCUUAUUCUAUCAAUGGUAACAUAUAUACACCGAUAUUUCUUUUGGCUUAUACGUGUGACUCAAUUUACCAAGAAUUCUACAGUACUCAACAUCGUACCAUAAAUUGGAGGAAAUUAAUUUCAUUAAAUGGAGACGCGUUCCAUGAAGAAUUAAUUGGACGUUACGGAACAGUCCUUUGGACUAAACAAACGAGGUGCCUUCGAUGGCCAAGGAGAACUAAAGAAAAAGUCCAGUCCGGCUCUUGUAAGAACGUUUCUGUUAGUAGUCUUAGUUCUAGUAAAAUAGAUAAAAUCCUAAGAAUAGCCGAAAUAUCCCCCUACACAGAAUCUAUUUUUUUCGAGGCCAAUCUGGCUGCAGCUAAUCCCAUAGACACUUAGACAGUUUGUAUUCAUGCUGAACGUCUAUUUAAGUUCCAAACGCUCAGACUGUCUUUGCACCAUCGUGAUUUCCGAAUAAGGGUUCCCGUACGAGCGCGAAAAUGCGGACUAUCGUUCACUCAAUUGCGCGUGCUUCUAAUUUGCAAAAUAAAAACAUAGGAAUUGCUUCAUGAGACGGAUGUACGGAAAAACCACUUCUACACCACAUUUCAUCCUUUAUCCACAUCUAAUGACUCCUCGUCUUUGGUGGCGACGACUUUGUUCUAAAAUGUACCCGAUGCAAAACCACUGGAGACAAUUUGCCGAAUUGCGUAUUCAGGACUGUCGUCUACGAUCGCUAAUCUCAUGGGCCGUCUUGCAGAUCGGCGAAUGAGAAGGCCCGUGACUGGCUACACGGAGUAUACCACGCGUCAUUGGCUAACGACGCCGAUAAAUUCAACGAAGGAAAUAGAGAGAGAACUACGAGACGGUCAAGGAAAUGCAUUCUUCAGUGCUGGUCCUGCUAGUCUGUGCGACAGCAGUUUCAUGCUGUUUUUCAAAAUUUCGGACAACCGCUUGUAGGCCUGAACUGCUAUCCUGUCUUUUUCUGUCUCUCUUUUCAGUUGGGGCUUCCCUUUUUGUGUACGCUGACCCAUGAUCCUUCCUUUCAGACUCCCGACCCCUCGCCCAGUGGUGAGGAAAUGUCCAACGACUGAUGGGCAUAUCAUAAUUGAAGAUGUUGUGCUGAGUCUUAUCAGCCGGAUUAAACGCUUGUACCAUGAGAAACAGCAGGAUGAUGGCAUGUACAUGAAAUCAACAGUGAAGAUUACUGUGGGAGAGAGAAGACCUCACUGCAACGUCCGCAGUCAUUCACUGAGUCACAGGGAACUUGCCUGUUACGUCCAAGCAAAAAACGUCUACUUCUACAUGGAAAGAACGCAAGUUAGAUUUCCAGAUUAAUUUAUGCAGCGUUUCGUUUGUUGGUUAUUUGCUCUUAUUUAACUGUGGCGGAAGAUACAGCCUGCCAGAGAAGCAGCUGUCGUCUUCUCGAGAUCGUGCAGCACAUGUGAAUGUAGAGCAGAAAAAAGUGGCGGCACAAUUCUGAGUGUGCGGAUCUUGCGUGGUAACCAGCCCCAGCCCACUCCCACAACAUCAAUGGUGGUGGUGGUGGUGAUGGUGGUGGUGACGGUGGUGGUGGUGGUGGUGGUGAUGGUGGUGGUGGUGAUGGUGGUGGUGGUGAUGGUGGUGGUGGUGGUGAAUAA